AUGACCGAGACCUUCCACCCCGCCUUCCCGGGCCGGCCCAAACCCCUGCUCAGCCACGGCCUGCCCUUCACCACGGCGGUAGCACAGCACGCCGCGUCCACCUUCGGCGCCUCGCGCGUGUACCUGAUCGCCUCGGCCUCGCUGGCCCGCGACACGCCGCACGUGGCGAACCUGCAGGCGGCCCUGGGCACCCGGCUCGCCGGCGUCCGCGUCGGCAUGCGCCCGCACACGCACUGGGGCGAGAUCCUGGAGAUGACGGCGGCGGCGCGGCGCGCCGGCGCCGACCUGCUGGUGACGCUGGGCGCGAGCAGCCUGACGGACGCGGCCAAGGUGAUCGCGCUGUGCCUGGCCAACGACGUGUGCACCGUGGCGGAGCUCGAGGCGGCGCACCCGGGCAGCCGCACCGGCGGGGAGGAGGUGCGGCCGCCGCGCGUCCCCGUGGUCUGCGUGCCGACCAGCCUGUCGGGCGCCGAGUACUCGGCCACGGGCGGGGCGACGCACGACGGCACCGGCCGCAAGUGGUCGUUCGCCGGGCCCGGGGUCGCGCCGCCCGCGCUCGUGGUCCUGGACCCGGCCCUGUGCGCCGCGACGCCGCGCCACGUCUGGCUCUCGACGGGGGUCAAGGCCGUCGACCACUGCGUCGAGACGCUGUGCUCGCUGGCGAGCGACGAGGCGGCGGACGCGGACGCGGCGGCCGGGCUGCGGCGGCUGAUCCCGGGGCUGCUGCGGUGUGCGCGGGGGCCAGAGAGGGGUGGUGGUGAUGGUGAUGGUGAAGGGACCACGGGGCUCGACGACGCCCGCCUGCAGUGCCAGCUCGGCGUCGUCGAUGCCAUGAGCGCGUGCUCGCGCGGCGUGCCGCUCGGGGCCAGCCACGGCAUCGGGCACCAGCUGGGCCCCGUGGGCGUGUCGCACGGGGAGACGAGCUGCGUGCUGCUGCCGCCGGUGUGCAGGUACAACUACGAAAAGGGGGCCAACCGGGAGCGGCAGGACGCCGUGGUGGGGCUGCUGUGGGAGCAGCCGGAGGCGGCGGGCAUCUUCCGGGAGAAGGGCCUGGAAAGGGGGGAGGCCGGGCUCGGCGAUCUGAUGGAUGCGGUCAUCCGGGCCCUGGGGAUGCCGAGGACGCUGAAGGAGUUUGGCAUUGGCGAGGACAAGCUGGAUGGCAUCGCCGAACACAGCCUGCACGACCGCUGGGUCAAGUCGAACCCUGCGCCCCUGGACAAGAACGGGGUUUUGGAAAUAUUGAAGAUGGCCAUGGAGUAA